CCUGUCAAUGAUUCUGAAAGUUCGGAAGUAUUUCCUCAAGUUCAGUGUUUUUUGCUAUUGUGUGACUUCGGUUAACGCCUCUUUUGCCUUCCGUGCCGUAUUUUCAACUGAGCAGCUCAAUUUUCAUUCAGAUUUUCAGUUGUGAACGCUCAUGUCCUAGCUUUGGUCAAGCACGAAAAUUCAUGGAAAGUGCAAUGACCUAAUAAAACCAUUUUCUCGUGUCGGUCCGGUGCGAAAUGCGCUGGCUUUUCCUGCUCUGCAAAAAGAUGCCCAGUUGAUACCUUGAGAUAUUUUUUCUUCCGACAAUGUCACAAAUUCUGAAUGCGGCCAAAUUAACCAGUAGAGGGAGAAAUACCUCUCAUUAUGAAGAUCUGGACAGAGCUGAUAGUAACUCUCGGCCAGGAGAGUUACUGCAGGAUGGGGACUCCUAUCCCCAUUCAACUCAAGAAUUGGAGAUGAAUUCAGUUUCGGCUGUUCCAGAUGAUACUUUCACUGUAACCCAAGCUGUAAAUGCAUUUGGAUUUGGAAAGUUUCAAGCCAAGCUCUCUUUGUUCACUGGUCUCUGCUGGAUGGCAGACAGCAUGGAAAUGACAAUUCUCAGCAUACUGUCUCCUGCUCUUCACUGUGAAUGGCACAUAACUAGAUAUCAACAAGCUCUUGCGACAACGGUUGUCUUCUUAGGAAUGAUGCUCAGUUCAACAUUUUGGGGGCAUUUAAGUGAUCGCUAUGGAAGGAAACAGGCAUUGACGUUAUGUGCGGUCUUGCUUUUCUACUAUGGUUUAUUAAGUUCCUUUGCUCCAAACUAUGUAUGGAUACUCUUUUUACGCGGUUUGGUUGGAUUUGCAAUUGGAUGUGUCCCUCAGUCAGUCACGUUGUAUGCUGAAUUUUUACCAUCCAAGCAAAGAGCAAAGUGUGUCGUUCUUUUAGAUUGUUUUUGGGCGCUCGGGGCUUGUUUCGAGGUUCUUCUUGCUCUCAUUGUGAUGCCGACGUUAGGUUGGCAAUGGUUGCUGGCCUUAUCUACUGCUCCUCUAUUAGCCUUUGCAUGCAUUUGCCCAUGGCUACCAGAGAGCGCCCGUUAUCAUGUUGCAUGUGGUGAGCCAGAUAAAGCUCUGGCAACCUUACGACAAGUUGCAGCAGAUAAUGGAAAACCAAUGUUGUUAGGCAGACUAGUUGUAGAUGACUCAAUAGUAACUGAACAAAGAGGGCGCGUCCGGGAUCUACUCAUUCCUCAAUUGAGGAAAACUUCCCUCCUCCUGUGGUUUAUAUGGACGGUUUGCGCUUUUUGCUACUAUGGUGUUGUACUAAUGACUACUGAACUCUUUGAAGCCUCGGCAUCUCGUUGCCAAAAUCAACCCGGAGUCUUCAAACCUGUUGAGACUUGUUCAGCCGAUUGCCGGCAAUUGAAUACUCGAGAUUAUAUGGAUCUUCUUUGGACAACUUUGGCCGAGUUCCCUGGCAUUUUUGCAACCAUAUUUGUAAUCGAAAAAUAUGGCAGGAAGAGAACGAUGGCAGUUCAGUUUCUGAUCUUCACUAUCUGUGUGUCUGCUCUCUUCUACUGUUUUCUGAAUCGCACAUAUUUGACUGUAACUCUAUUUGUGGCGCGAGGCAUAAUUGCUGGUGUGUUCCAAGCAGCUUAUGUGUAUACACCAGAAGUUUACCCAACUCCUUUACGUGCUGUUGGAGUAGGCACAUGUAGUGCAAUGGCAAGACUUGGAGCUAUGGUCACACCUUACAUUGCACAGGUUUUGCUGCAAUCAUCCCUGUUUUUUGCCAUGACAGUUUACGGAGUGGCAGCUUUGAUGGCUGCUGUGGCCUGCGCCAUGCU